AUGCGCCUCCUGAAAGGGGAACAGUCUGGAAAUGGCAUAGCCGUUGCUGCUUCAAGUAGUGUCCCUAGGGUGCUCUACUGGAGGGCUGCAGGCACACCUACCGGGGAGCUCCCUAGGCACACGCACCUCGUAGAACCAUCGUUACUGCACAAGGUGAACGUCACUGUGGACUACAUCAGACCCGCCAGCACGGCCACGGAGACUGUGCCUGCCUUCUCAGAGCGAACCUGUGCGACUGUUGCCAUUGGAGGCAUAAACAUCGCUGAGGCCCUAGUGAGCAAGGGCCUUGCCACAGUCAUCCGCUACCGGCAGGACGACGACCAGCGAUCCUCGCACUAUGACGAGCUGCUGGCCGCGGAGGCACGGGCUAUCAAGAAUGGCAAAGGAUUGCACAGCAAGAAAGAGGUGCCAAUACACCGGGUGGCCGAUAUCUCUGGGGACACCCAGAAGGCCAAGCAGUUCCUGCCCUUCCUGCAGCGGGCCGGCCGCUCCGAGGCGGUGGUGGAGUACGUCUUCAGCGGCUCUCGGCUCAAGCUAUACAUGCCAAAGGAAACCUGCCUCAUCACCUUCCUGCUAGCAGGUAUCGAGUGUCCCCGUGGAGCACGAAACCUUCCCGGCCUGGUCCAGGAGGGAGAGCCCUUCAGCGAAGAAGCUACCGUCUUCACCAAGGAGCUGGUGCUGCAGCGUGAGGUAGGACAUGUGCCCCACCUCCCCAUGCACGCAGUGGCCGCCGCGGCUGGCUUUGAGGCUCCGCCUUGA